GGCGCCGCCUCCACCUGAACCAACUUGGGAAGAAAGGCAAACAAGUGUAAUCCAUCUAGCAGGAGAAGACUUCAGGGAAUCUUUGAAGAAAAAGAAACAUGCUCUUGUGAUGUUCUAUGCUCCAUGGUGCCCACACUGUAAAAACUCCAUCCCCCAUUUCACAACAGCUGCAGAACUAUUUAAAGAAGAUCGAAAGAUUGCCUAUGCUGCAGUGGACUGUGCCAAAGAACAGAACCAUGACCUGUGUAAGCAGGAAGGUGUGGAUGGUUACCCAACCUUUAACUACUACAACUAUGGAAAAUUUAUAGAAAAAUAUAAUGGAGACAGAGGGGAGUCCGGGUUCUCGACUUUCAUGCGGACGCUCAGAGAACGGGACCAUGAAAAGAUAGGGAAGAGGAAAGAUGAGUUGUAAUUUCUGCCUCACACGAUGAUUUCCACUGCACUGUGAAUGGUCUCAGGGCCACUGGUACAAUGCCUGGGAUUCCACAUCUUUUUAAAAAGAGAGACUUUGGUUUUUUUUACAAACAGCCAUUUGCCAUUUUGUACAAUUUUGAAAUAAAGUGAGAUCAUUUGAUUUUUAAAAGGAAAAAAAUAAAUGACAUCAUUGUUGCCAUAUUCUGUUAUGGAAAACGAAAAGAAGAGCGUUUUCUCUCCAUUUGAUGUACCUAUGCCCAUUUGAUACUCCUAUGCAAUCUUUUUUGUAAUCUGUAGGUUUGAUAGUGAUUUCCCCCUGACAAGGUGAUUUCUGCAUUUUUUUUAAUUUUUGAAGAAUAUUAUAUGUGAAAUGGCUUUUAAAAAUUGGAGGGUGAGGAUGAAAGGAAGGUGCAAUGGAUCCAUCAGGCGCAAGUUCCAUGGAAACAGACAGAGCUUUGUGGUCCCAGUGGACUCUGCCCCAAGCCUCUUCAGGUGCAGUUAUAGCACUUGUGUGCACAGCACUUAAUUCAGGAACCAGGUGAGAUUAAGUGCACUUUCAGUCCUUAUAGUCCACGUACUAAGCAGACAUCAGCCUGCACUGCUCACUCCUGCUCUGCAUGGCUAAUCGGACAUCUGCCAGAACAGGGUAGUGUGUGGCGUCUGAAUGACAGAUCUGCCACAAUUAUCACACAAGCAUCUUUUGUAAGUGGGGCCUUUUCCAGGAACAGUGUGUGUGCAUUUCUAGUUGUGCUCAGCAGUGCCAAACUGGUAAGACGACUAGUUGUGACUGGGACAUACUCUUGCGGUCUUGCUAGGUUACACUUCCUUCCUAGAGAUAUUGGGGGGGCAAUUUUUAAGGUGCUCAGGGAUAAUAGGGAAAUAAUGAAGAAGCAUUGAUUGGCCAUUUCAGAUCUUAAUUGACUGUAGUGGUGGCUUUUGUUUUGUUUUUGUUUUUUUAAUCUGCCGUACUGUUUACAUAUCUUUAUAGAAUGUGUGGGUUAUUUCAAACAAAUGUCUCUGCAUUCGGCACAUAUCAAGCACCGAAUGUCUCUCAGUGUAUGUGUUUGCUCUCACGUUGUCCAAUGCUCCUGUAAGCAUAGGAGUGGUGUAGUGCAGGUAUAAAUAAGGUUCUACUUAAUUUAUGAUCUGACCAUAGGAACUGCGUAUUUGCUAAGCAUUCCAUUUGACUGUUGACAGAGGCACUGAUAUUUUUGAUAUGAAGAAACAUCAUGCAACAAUACUUGUUUACGUUCCAAAGGCUUGUCUAUGUGAGUUAACUACAAAAGGAAAGUAUAAUUUUUUUAGAAUUCUAUAGAAGCAAGUUGUGCUUUAAAAAAAAAAAAUGUUUAGCCCCUGUCAGUGAUGUAAGAAAAUAACAGCAUUACUAGAACUAGCUUUUAAAAGUCCGUAAUUAUGUGCAGAUUCUGUGAGGUGAGGGUGAUCUGGACAUUGUGUCUCCAUGGGAUUUAUUAUAUUUUUUUGUGAUUUCCAAUUUGAUCAAAAAGAAUAAAAGAUUGAAAAUAUGCUCUAA